CCGGUCGGCUCAGUGGGCGUGUCUCCGGCCGCGCCGGAAGCGCUGUCCUCCUCUCGGUCCGUGUCUUGCUGCGGCCUUGUAUGUACGGUGAAGCCUGGAGCUGGAGUAGUCGUCUGCGCGAAAUCCGCUGUUUUGGGGGGAGGGCGAAGGGAUGGGGGGGAGCCAGGGCCCCGUGUGACCCCCACCUCCGGGGAGCUGUUGUGGGAUAGGACAAGAUGGAGGACACUUAAGGCCAGAGUGCGGGCGAGCUUGUUCUGAUGAAGAACAGAUUUACUGGCUGGAUCACCAGGUGACAAAGGAAAGAGAGCCUUAAAAAAAAAACCGAAUACAGCCACCACAUCUAAAAAUUGUGACGAUGCUGCAUCUUCGACCACACACUUUACAUGUAUAGUCUGGACAUCUCAUUUUGUUUCGGCCUUUAGUAAAAGUGUUGCACCAGGUUCAGGCUGGAGAGGAGGGAGGCCGGCAUCACCACCUGGAACACUACAAAGGCCUCAGGAGGUUGCGUACACUUAAGAUGUCCUUGAGCAGUGGCGCACCAGGAGGGAAAGGUCUGGACACAAAUCCUGUGGAGACCUAUGAUAGUGGUGAUGAAUGGGACAUCGGUGUGGGCAAUCUAAUUAUUGACUUGGAUGCCGAUUUAGAAAAAGACCAGCAGAAGCUUGAAAUGUCAGGAUCUAAAGAGGUGGGCAUGCCAGCCCCUAAUGCAGUGGCCACUCUACCUGAUAACAUUAAAUUUGUGACACCUGUACCUAGUGGCCAAAGCAAGGAAUCAAAGUCAAAGUCGAAGAGGAGUAAAAGUAGCAAAGAUGGAGGAAGGAGCAGUCAGACUUCUUCUGGACUUUUCCCAGCAGGGGAUGCGUGUAAAAAAGAAGUGUCAGGACGUUCAGCAGAAAAUGUGGGCAGCUCAGGAAUUCCCACUUCCACAGCAACCCCCUCAAAAGUGGGAGAAAAAUCUGGCAAGGCUGCCCGGAGCUCAUCUAGCUCUAAAAAGGAAAGCGGCAAGGCCAAAAAGGACAAGAACGAAGUACCAGGGGCAAGUGGUGAGAAAGAACCCCUUGGAGUUUUGCAGACACCCCCUGGAGUGGGGGGUCGGGGUACAACUGUACAAGAAGCUAUGGGGACUGCAGUAGAGCAGCUGGGUGGGGGCAUUGCCACAGACAGUGGAAGUGCUUUGAGUGUUAUAAAAACAGAGAACGAGGAUACUGAAAUAGAUAAUCGUGGAUUGAAAAAAGUCAAGACAGAAAUGAUGGAGUCUCCUGUGUGUGCGUCUACGGGGCUUCCUCUACAUCUGCUAGUCCCAAUGGUGAACAGUGACAUUUCCUCUCCAUGUGAGCAGAUUAUGGUACGCACAAGAUCUGUUGGUGUUAACACCAGUGAUGUUGCUCUAGCCACUGAGCCAGAAUGUCUUGGACCAUGUGAACCGGGCACCAGCGUGAACUUGGAAGGCAUUGUAUGGCAGGAGACAGAAGAUGGUAUGCUGGUAGUAAAUGUAACUUGGAGAAACAAGACCUAUGUUGGCACACUGUUGGAUUGCACACGGCAUGAUUGGGCACCACCUAGAUUCUGCGACUCUCCCACCAGUGACUUGGAGAUGCGGAAUGGACGGGGUAGGGGUAAACGCAUGCGUCCAAGUAGCAACGCUCCCAUUGCAGAAAGCACAUCAACUGCUGAUGGUAAAGGUGCGAGCAGUAGCAGCAGUAGUAGCAGCAAGACUCGCGCUGGAGCAAACAACAAAGGGAGACGAGGAAGCCAGAAUUCAGGAGAUCAUCGUCCACCACCUUGUAAUACAUCAGAGGAUAUAAAGGCUAGCCCUACAUCUGCUAGCAAGCGAAAAAGCAAGCCCCCAUCUGACAUUGAACUUACUUCAAGCUCAGAAGAUUCCAAAGGAAGUAAACGUGCUCGCACAAAUUCCAUGGGAUCUUCAUCUGCCCCAUUGGCUGGAUCCUUGCCUUUAACUGUACCAUUAAGCACUAUCAAGGUAGAGCCAGUUGCACUGGAAAGAAAUUGUUCUUCACCAAUUUUAAUAGAUUGUCCACACCCUAACUGUAACAAGAAAUACAAGCACAUUAAUGGCCUGAAAUAUCAUCAGGCUCAUGCACACACAGAUGAUGACAGUAAGCCGGAGGCAGAUGGAGAUAGUGAAUGUGGUGAAGAGCCUCAUAUUCACCUUGAUAUGGGUGGCUGCAAUGGUACCUUUCCUUCUCAGAAAGGUUCUCUCUCCCCUGCCAGAUCUGCUACACCCAAGACUCGUUUAACUGAACCACAAAGUCCUACACUUUCUUCCAAGCUUGGAAGUAAAGGAUUAUGCAAAAAGAAACUGGGUACCGAAGGUGACACUGACCCUGGAGCACUUUCUAAUGACGGUUCAGAUGAAGGCCCCAUGGCAGCAGAUGAUACGAGCAAUGAUGGUUUUGAGUCACAGGAAAAACGAAUGGGGGAAAAAGAUGCAGCCAAGAAAGGCAAUGGGAAUAACAAACAAGAUAAAUUGACUUCCUCAAAAAGUGUAAAGUCUGCCCGUCCCAUUGCUCCUGCUUUGGUUCCACAACAGAUGUAUACCAUUCAGACGACCAACUUCACCGCUUCAAGUCCUGGAUCAUCAUCUGGCCUCCCUCCUACAGUAGUACAAACCAUGCCUACUAGCCCACAACUUAAGCCCAUACAGCCCAAACCAACAGUUAUGGGAGAGCCGCCUAUUAUAAAUCCAGCAUUAACUCCAUCGAGAGAUAAAAAGAAAAAGGAUAAAAAGAAGAAAGAGCAAAGGGAUGAAGAUAGUCCUGGAUCUACCAUGAAAGUUGGGCGUCCUGAAGAUGGGAAAAGUCCUUAUGGAGAAGCAGUCACAGAUUCUUCAACUAAAUGCGAUGGACUUUCUAAUGGAUCUGAUUCUCACCAGAGCCGCCUUGCCAGCAUAAAGGCUGAGGCUGACAAAAUCUAUAGCUUCACAGACAAUGCACCCAGUCCCUCUAUAGGUGGAGGAGGAGGUACUUCAAACCGAAUAGAAAACCCUAGUCCUAAUCAGCCUAUGACACCACUACAUGUUGUGACCCAAAAUGGGGCAGAAGGGACUUCAGCUAAAACGAAUAGUCCUGCUUACUCUGAUAUUUCUGAUGCAGGAGAAGAUGGAGAAGGUAAAAUGGAGGGGACAAAGGUCAAGGAUCCAGAGCAGAUGGUGAAGGAAAGUGCCAAAAAGUCCCUUUUUCCACCUCAGCCCCAGAACAAAGAAUCCCCAUACUACCAGACAUUUGAAACCUAUUAUUCUCCAAACUAUGCACAUUCCAGUCCUGGUCCUGUUGCCAUGACUCCUACUGGUCAAACUACACCAGAAAGUCAGCCACUUAAAGUCAAGAAAGAGGAAGACUUGGAAGUUACUGAAGUAAAAAUGAAGGUGGAGCAGCAGGAGGAAAAAAAGCCAGAACUUAGCACAAGCCAGCAGCAACCGUCAGUCAUCCAACAGCGUCCCAACAUGUACAUGCAGUCGCUCUACUAUAAUCAGUAUGCCUAUGUGCCUCCUUAUGGGUAUACUGAUCAAGGGUAUCAUGCCCAUCUACUUAGUACUAACCCAGCAUAUAGACAACAGUAUGAGGAGCAUCAGAAACAAAGGCAAAACCUUGAACAGCAGCAGCAACGUAGCAUUGAAAAGAAAAACGAGAUGGCCAUGAGGGACAGAGAGGCCACUUUAAAGGAAGAAUGGAAGCACAAGUCUUCAGUACCUCCUACACUCACAAAAGCUCCAAGUUUGACAGACUUAGGGAAGUCAUCUUCCAGUAAGCCUAAGGAGCUAGGACCAGUGCCUGACCCUGGCAAAUCUGUGAUUAUUCCAAAGCCUGAGGAAUCUGUAAAAAUGUCAGUGCAGCAGCCAGAGGGAUUAAAGACAAAAAUACUGGAAGGAGCAGGACACACAGUAAAAACUCCAGAACCUCCCAAACCUGUAAGCGAAUGUAAUAGACAGACUGGUCUAGACCCUGUUCUUUGGUAUAGACAGCAGCAGGAGGCAGAAUCGCGCAUGUGGUCCUAUGUCUAUCCAAAGUACACAGAUGCUUUAAAAGCAGACGAUGAAAGAUGGAAAGAAGAACGGGAGAGGAAGGUCAAGGAAGAGCGGAGCCGCAGCAAGGAAGCUCCCUCGAAAGAGGACAGCAAAGAAGGUGUUAAUUUGGAAGUGAAGGGACCACAAGCAACGGAGGACCUCCGUGUUCUGCCUAAGGAGCACCGUACCAGUACUCAUGUUCCUGUGUCAUCGCCACUUACUCAACACCAGUCUUAUAUCCCAUAUAUGCAUGGCUAUACCUAUAGUCAAGCUUAUGACCCCAACCAUCCAAGCUAUCGUGGAAUGCCAGCAGUCAUGAUGCAGAACUACCCAGGUUCUUAUCUCUCCUCCAGUUAUCCUUUCUCCCCAUAUGGCAACAAAGUUUCUGGUAGCGAUGAAUCUGAGAAAUCCCGAGCCAGUCCAAGUGUCAGCUGUAAACCCACCUCUGAAUCCAAAGCACUUGAUAUUUUACAACAGCAUGCUAGCCAUUACAAAAGCAAAUCUCCAACGAUCACAGAUAAAUCUCCCCAGGACCGUGAUCGAGGGGGCUGCAGUUUAUCAGGUGCUUCUUCAGCAGGUGGUUGCAGUAGUAUGGGAACACCAGACCGAGGUGUAAGUGACAGGAGUUCAGAAAGGCCCCGAACCUCCCCAUCCCAAAGGUUAAUGUCCUCGCACCAUCACCACCAUCAUCUUGGCUACUCCCUUUUGCCUGGCCAGUAUCAACUGCCAUAUGGCGCAGGUUUGUCAUCUUCACCCAUUGUAGCAAGUCAGCAGGGUUCCGCUCCAUCACUUUACCCACCCCCGCGGAGGUGAAAAUUAUAAAAAUCUUUGUCAAGGUCCCUGUCUACACAAGUCAUGUGACUGGAUCACAGGACACAUCUGGAUGAGUUGGCGCAGUUGUAUGGUGUUUCCACCAAGGGCUCCUCAGUACCUCUUCAGAUCCAGGACACACAAGUCUAAUUGUUGACCCUCCAAAAGCUCAGCUCUCCUCCUCCUAUUCUAUGGAGACCUGGUUUUGCAAAACAUGACUGUAUUUAUUCUUGCAUUUCUCCAGUGAACUGGGCCGUGAGGAGAAGACUUAACCUUUUUGAUAGUGCAUCUGAGUGCACAGCUUCAAACACCUCAGUUUAAAUUGUGAAACAUUCAAGGUCGGGAAAAUGCAUCCCGUGCCUACAGACUUUGGUUAAAUGUUAUUUUCAAGUUAUGACGAGUUUGUUUCUGUCCCGUUGACACUCCAUCAACCAUGGAUCAUCAGUUUAUAGAUUUGUUUUGACCACAUGCUCAGGCAUCUGAUUUUCACAGGUUACGCAGGUCAAGAGAGGGUUUUGCAUACAUGACAUCUACAUAAUAUGGGGGUAUUCGGUUUUGUUUAAAACAUUCUGGGAAUGAUUAUUCUGGAGCUGUUUAUUUUCAAUCUCAUUCAGUUCCUUAUUUCUCGUUUUCUGAUCUGAUAUCUGCAUUUUGUCAUGGCAGUUACUAGAACUUGGUGUUUUGUGCUACAAUGGCCAACCGCCUAGAGAUACAGAGGGUAUCCUUUUUGUGCACCCACAGGCUAAAAGGUAAUGUCACUUUGCACUGUUGGAGCAGUUCUGGUGCACUAAUCAACUUGUCCCCUCCAAUGCUUUUUCUUCUUAAUCGAACAACACAAAUAAUAACCACAAAGCUCUUAACCUCUGUUUUGAUAAUCCCCUAAAAAAUCUGACAAAUAAAAUAGUUUUGAUUAUAUUUAUGCGGCGGCAUGAAGACAUUGAUGUAACAAUUCAGGACUCCCAGUUAUGCCCCUUGGCUGUGUAUAAUGUGCGUGUGUAUAUACCUGGUAAGGUUAUUUGUAAGACACUAAUCUUAAAAUGGGGAGAUAUAUUUCACAUGUGAAUUUUAGAUCUGUUUAACCACUAAAUAUGUCAGGAUGCUUGUCUUGAAUCGGCAAGAAAAGCCCCACUGGGUGGCCUUCCUUUAAUAUUUCAAAAUAUUUUUUAUUAGAGAGCAUGCAAAGUACAUUGUGUACGCGUUUAUCUGCAGGAGAUACAUGUUCUCAUACAUGAGAAUGAUAAAACCUGUAAGGAUUGUGUCCCUCGGUUAAAAAGAUGCACUUUGUUGAAUUCUGGGUUGUGUUUACAGGUACACUUAUUUUAGAUGGCAACAAUAAAAGUUUGUGACUCUAGGAAAGCGAUCAGCACAUAUGAGAAAUCCCUUUGUGGCCACAGGGAGUAAAAUUAAUUUAAAUAUCUAUAAGUAAAAUCCCAGAUGAGUCAUGACCUUCAUUAAGUGUCUUAUAAAUGUAAAGUCAAACUUUCCCCUGUAGAUACAGUUAUGGGAAAUUAUAUUUAGGUGAAAGAAAGUAGGUUUUUCAGUCGAGCGCACCGUACUUUGAGAAUGCAGAAGAUGACAUACAGUUGUCAUUAUGGGGUCAUCCAGACUGCUGCUAUUUUCCAACAGCUCGUUGGUACUGUAACCAUCUAUGUCUAGUACUCUGUCUUCUGCCAGCAAAACUGUCUCAGUGACCUUUCUGUUCUUGGUUCAGUUCAACUUCAUUUAUCUGGGACUGUCCAGUUGUUCUUUUUUUAAUGCAAUGUUAAAGGGGAUUAUUCUCAGAGAGUCAUGUCAAUCUCCCACCACCCUAUAAAGAUGCACAGUGAUAUCGGAAAAUUUUUUAGGCAUCAACUCUCUGGUAGUGACACCUCUUCAUACCAAGAGGUGAUUUGAAGGAAUUUCAAUAAAAAUACAAAAAAAAAUGUAUUUAACCCUUUCUGGAAGUUUUCCAAUAAAGUUCUUUUGUAUUGCUUGGUUGUAAACAGAACUUAUUGUAUAUGAAAUAAACUUUACCCCUUACACCUUGAAUGUGGGUGAUUGGGGAACAAAAUCCUUCUCACCUUGGCAACCCUCGUACGUAUCUGUAUAAAGAUGUAAAGUUAUAUUUCUGUUAUGUAGCUAAUUUUUAUUCUUUUUUUUGCAUACCGAUUUUAAGUCUUUGUGGCAAAGUUGAUUUUUUUUCUUUCAGUUUUAAUGAAAAAAAAAUACACAAGUUUGUAUUACG